UCCCCGAGCCAGUGUCCGCCGCGCGUCGCCGCGAUGUGGGUCGCGCUGCCGCUGCUCUGCGCCCUGGCCUGGCUGCUGGGGGACCCAGGCGCCGCUACGCACUCGGUGAACACUUUAGAGAGGUUUCAGUUUAAGUCAUGGAUGUUGCAGCACCAGAAAAAAUACAGCGCCGAGGAGUACCAACACAGGCUGCAGACUUUUGCCAGCAACUUGAGGAAGAUCAAUGCCCACAACAGCGGGAACCAUACGUUUAAAAUGGCCCUGAACCAAUUUUCAGAUAUGAGCUUCGCCGAAAUAAAGCAGAAGUAUCUGUGGUCGGAGCCUCAGAACUGCUCGGCCACCAAAAGCAACUACCUGCGUGGCACCGGUCCCUACCCCUCCUCGGUGGACUGGCGCAAGAAAGGGAAUUUUGUCUCGCCCGUGAAAAAUCAGGGAGCCUGCGGCAGUUGCUGGACCUUCUCCACUACAGGGGCCCUGGAGUCAGCCGUGGCCAUCAAGAGUGGCAAGAUGCUGUCUUUGUCGGAACAGCAGCUGGUGGACUGCGCCCAGAACUUCAACAACCACGGCUGCCAAGGGGGCCUCCCCAGCCAGGCCUUCGAGUAUAUCCUGUACAACAAAGGCAUCAUGGGUGAAGAUAGCUACCCCUACAGGGCCAUGGAAGGACGUUGCAAGUUCCAGCCCCAGAAGGCCAUCGCGUUUGUCAAGGACGUAGCCAACAUCACACUGAAUGACGAGGAGGCCAUGGUGGAGGCUGUGGCGCUCUACAACCCCGUGAGCUUCGCCUUUGAGGUGACCGAUGACUUCAUGCUGUACAGGAGCGGCAUCUACUCCAGCACUUCCUGUCACAAAACCCCAGAUAAAGUGAACCACGCCGUGCUGGCUGUCGGCUAUGGUGAAGAAAACGGGAUACCCUACUGGAUCGUGAAGAACUCUUGGGGUCCCCACUGGGGGAUGAAUGGGUACUUCCUCAUCGAGCGUGGGAAGAACAUGUGUGGCCUGGCCGCCUGCGCCUCCUACCCCAUCCCCCUGGUGUGAGCCGGGGUCUGGCCCAUCGCAGGAGACCUAGGCCCAGAGAGAGCUGCAGCUGUGGGGCUGCCAGAGGAGGGCGGUCCCUGGAUCAGCAGGUGCACCCAGGGAAGACCAGGAGGAAGGAGGAGCCCAUAACACCUGCAAGUGACCCACUUUUCACACACACACACGAGACUGUCGUCGACACCAGCCAUGUCCAGCCCACUCCCACCAGAGAAUGUUCUGUGUUCUUAUCCAAUAAACACUGAGUGCCUGUA